UUCACCCCACCGAGCUGCAUCCUUGGCAUCGAUCGCAGUGCAGAUGCAACAGCAGUGCAAGAUCCUAUGCCUGUUGCGUUUGCUUUUCCGGCGGACACGGUCCCAAUGAUGUCACAACCAAUUCUUGACGGCAGGAAGGCUGUGAAGUUUGCUGAGCCGAUAGUGCAAGCCACCCCUCUUGAGAUUUCGCCGUCACUCAAAGACGCGUACCGUAGGAUUGAAGAUGAAGCAUUGUACAGGAGGUCCUCACGGGUUAAGUGGCAAUGAAGUUCUAAUGUGACAACUGAGUCCGUAUCUGAGGAUACCAUUAAAAGUGCCACGCCUGGAUCUGUGAGGCAGAUUAGGGUGGUCCAUGCACCACGCGGGGAUGACUACGAGCCCGUAGUUAAGGCGACAAAGGAGCAGAACCAGCUAUACGACAUUCUCAAGCGUUUUGGAAAUGCCAGAUCGAACAACAAGCAUAUGAAGGAGUUGAGAGCCUCAUGUUUGGAUAGAACGAAAAUCGUACAAUGCGAUGUCACUUACGUUGAUCUGGGUGAUCUUGCUGAGUCUGUGAGGCCACUUGGCAAGAUGUCGAAGAAUGUACUUGCAUGCGGGAUUGACUUCAUCAACACGCACGUGGACGUUUGUCCCGACAAGACGAUCAUGCAGUAUAGCGUGACAUGCAAGAUAUGGGAUGGUGACUUCCACCACAAACUUCUGAGGACGCAUUUUGCCACGCAUGGUGAUUUCAAGCUCACAUUGAAAAAAUAUGUGAUGUUUCCCAUGUUCCAGGAGCUUGCACCACACAACCGAGAUGACAAGUGUGGCCACCACUACGCGAUCUGCGUUGACCUGAAGUACCAACGUUUUGAGGUGCUUGAUUCGAUCCGCUCAGAAGAAGAUACAUAUUUGACGACGCAUGCUGAAUUCUUCAUCGCUAACCUGAAAGAGGCAUGGAAGCGACACUACAAAAACUCGAAGGUCCAGAUCAGCCAUUUUCCAAUUGAGUAUGUGACGACUGAGAAGCAAGGAAACGGGCACGACUGCGGCUUUCAUGCUUUGGAGUACUUUGCAAAGUGGGAAGGUCGACGUGUCCCUACGAUCACAGAUGCAAUGGUCCUAGAGCUCCGCAAAAUAUACACAUGGAACUGGCUUAUGAAUGGAGAUUUCAACAAGCGGGAGAAUGCACGGGAGUUCUUGGAGGAUGCUGUCAAAACUGCCAUCAAGAAGUAAAAGUGAUUGCAUGAUGCUCCUUAUGGCAAGCCUACCUUACAUUCUGUGCUUGAUGAAUGUAAGGUAUCACCUUGUCCUUUUUAAAAAAAACUAUGUCUAUGUGCUCUGUCAUGACUACGUCCACUUCCCCCAUCCCCUUAGUGUAGUACAUACUGUUUAGCCCGUGAGUACUGUUUGAAUUAUUUGUAAUAUAUGUGUGUGUGUGAA